UGAAGGGAUGGGCAGAGGGACAGGUGGAUAGGUAGAGGGGAUGCAAGGGAUGGAUGAAAGGGUGGAUAGAAGUUUUGUGGGGAUAGAUGAUGGACAGAGGGAUGUGGGGGAUGGACAGAAAGAUAUUGGAAGGAUGAAUGGAUGGAGAGAGGGAGUUUGGGGGUGGAUAGAAGCAUGGAUGAAUAAAGAAGUGUAUGGGAUGGAUGGAGAGGGAGAUGCAGAGGGAUUGAUAAAGGAAUGAAUGGAGGGUGCAGGAGGUGGAUGGAUAUAUGGACAGGCCACAGGUGGAUAAAUAAAGGGAUAAAAGCUGGAGUGGUGUGAGAGAGAGCUGUAGUGGCAGGGUGUAUACAGAGUGUCAACUGGCAUGGCCAGGGCUAGGCAGCCCCCCUGGGCUCUGUUCAAAUGCUGAUCCUUUCCAGCCAUUGACUGAGGCAGAUCACUGAGCUCUUGGACCUCAGUUUCCCCAUCUUGAAAAUGAGAGUUCUUGUCUUUGUCUGAAUGAGGCUUUCUUCUGGGCAGGGACUGUCUCGCACAGUUUAGAAAGUGCUUAGGACAGCAGUUCCCAAACUGUGGGUCCCAACCCCAAAUGGUGUUGCAACAUCAGCAGAUGGAGUUGUGGGGGCUGUGGGUUGAGAGUGAGGGGCCAUGCUGAGGAAAAGUUUGGGAAGCACUGGCAUAGGAUGGAUAACAGCCCCAAUUUUAGUUACUCUAGGCUGGAGCAGGGCAGAGUGACAGCACUGUGACCUUGUUCAGGACUUUUAAUUGCUAGUGUGACACAAGCAAUGCUAAUUAAAAUGAUUGCAAGAGAACACAAGAGCCCAGGUGUCCUAAGUUCCCUGGAGAUCACCCUAUCUGUGCUCUGUGGGCGCUGGGGAUACACCUUGCCAAGGCCCAUGGGAGAUGGUGCAUUAGACAACAGUGCUGGUUUGUUUGAGCUGACAACGCUGCAGGAGCUAGUGUUACAAAAAAGGUAGUUUCACAGCAGAGAGGGAGGCACUUGUUUCUUUUUCCAAAGCAAGACAUUUCUGUGGCUACGCAGCCUAGGCCAUUAGUUUUAAGUGGCUUGUGCAUUAACUUGUACGUGCCUGUUGUUAGGAGAGAAAAUGUUAAUGGGUGCCAUGAAUCAAGAGACUAGGUUGAAGGCAACAAGUAUGAUGAUUGGCCUGCAGUCAGGAUAGCUAGAGGGAGCAAUUAAAUUUCUUCUUGGGAGUGAGAGUUGGCUUGUGGAAAAUACUGCCCAAGGGAGCUAGCAGUCAGGAGGGGGAGCAGCUUGCACAGCACAGAAGUGGGGGCAGGUCAGGAACAGCAUGUGUGAUAGAGGUUGUUGGAAAGCAUGAAAAACCUGCUAGCAGAGAGCAAGGGAAAUGGGCUCCAGCAGAGACAGGGCUCCCUAGAGAGUACAGCCUGCUAGAGAGGCAGGGGGGAUUGUGCAGCAGGAGCACUCCCGGUUGUGACUGUGGUGCUCAGGAAAAUGAGCUGGUCUCCCUAUUUGAGAGAAUAAGCAAGACCGCAUCAAGAAAAUAACCAGCCAUGCCUACUGCUGGAGGGAUGCAGCCUGAGCAUUAGGCAAAUGACUGCCUGUGCUGCUCUGAAGGCCAUAUCCCAAACCCCAUCCUGGCCUGUUCCUUGGUCACCUCCUACUUAGGCAUUGGCUCUGCCAGUCUCAGAGCAUCGUCAUGGUGCCUCUAUGAGAUGAGGCAGUGGAACUGCCCUUGCCCAGCAGAUAGUGAAACUGAGGCACAGCUAGGGUGACCACCUUUUCACAAUAGUAAAGUGCGACACAUGCCCCCUCGCUGUUCCUUAGACAAGCCGCCUGUGGCUCCAUCCCACUCCCUGGCCAGGUCCCAUGGCUAUGCAUUUCUGCCUGGGCCCCAUUCACCAGCCUGCCUGGGCAGCACCCACAGCCCCAGCUGCCAACCCUGACCCACUCCCUCCCUCACCAUGGGGGCUUCAAUGUGCCCCCCUCCCCCACAUCGCCUAUCCCUCCCCCCCCCCCCCCCCCGACUUACCUGCAGGCAGCUGGGGGAGCUGCUCUCCACCACUGCCUGGCUGUAUUGCUGGCCACAUGCAUGUGUGUGCAUACACACAUGCACAUGGCACCCCCUGUGUCCUGCUUUCCCCAGCCCCAAGCAGCCCCUUGCAGGCUGGAAACCAGUAGUUUCCCAUGAUUUUUCUCAUGGCAAACAGAAAACCUAGAUCCCUGCACAUGACACUGGGACAAUAGUUGACUGUAUCGAGGGGAAACCAGGAGUCAUCCAGCCCAGGACCAGGACUUGAUGUUUACAUUUUGGGACUGUCCCACCCAAUUAGGGAUGGGUGGUCACCCUAGGCAUGUCCUCUAAUGUCUGAGAACCCUGUGUGUGUCAUAGAGGGAACAGGACACACACGAAUUGUCACCGUCUUUGAGGUGUAGCUGCUGGUGGCCUCUGAAGCCUUUAGUAUCUCCCCACAUUGGAAACCAGCAUCUCAAGCCAGAUGCCCAUUGGGUGAUUUGAGUGAGAUGCUGUGGCUGGCAACACAAGCAGUUGGUGGCAGAGGGCUCUAUGUUGCUCUCAGCUGCUAGAUUCAUGAAAUGGUCCCUUCUUUUCCCAGGCCUCUUCAUGAGCCUUCCCCUUUUGCCAUCAUGGUUAAGGCAGGCUCCUGCAGGCAUCAGCCUCCUUCACCACACAGCCCUAGUCCAGCAGCUGGACUGCUUGCUCCUGUGAACUGAAUGUGGCAGGGCUGUUGGAGGAGGGAGGAAAGGGAAUAGUAUGCAAUCCUGAAAUUCAAGGCCAUAUCAUAAAGUGGGGAGGCUGAAUGGAUGUUGCACAGGCAAAGAGAAACCAAAACAUAUGUACUGGCAAUAGUUCUGGAUCAGUGCCCUGUUAUGCUAGGUGCUAUACAAACACAGAACUAAAAUGCAAGGAAAGAAGAGAGGGAGAGGGAAAAAGAAAGAGACAACUCGGGAUGUACAAUUGGGACAAGUGGUAAAGGGAGUCAAUGGUGUUUACUGUUUGCUUUGAGCUGACUCAAACUCCCAGUGUACACUAGGGAAAAAGUGCUCAUUGUUAAAGAUUCCACAGCUUUCCUCCUUCAGCUGGAAGGCAGACAAAGGCCCUCAGAUCCCUAGGUCUGAGGGCACCACUAAGGCUUCCUACAAAACAAUUUAAAAAAUGUAAUGUGAAAAAAUGCAAUUUAGGAAAUGUAAUUAAAAAUGUGAUGUAGAGGGUUUUAAAAAAAAUCACAAAAAUCUCUUUUUGUGUCCCCUGUAAUGAGGCAGAUAGGCUUUAACAUGGCUGCUGCAUGGCUGAUAGCACAUCUGGCAUCUCUGGGAGUGUGUCCUCCCCUGGUGUAGCAUUUCUGGGCUUCUCCCCUAACCAGGAACCCCCUGCUCAAGCCCUGUUGUUGGGCCAGGAUCAAAGCCACAGCACCCUGCAGACCAGCCUGCUAGUUUGACUGGGCUUGGCACCUGUGGCUCUUCCCUUCAGAGCCUUCCUAAGCAGAAAUGAAGGUGAUGCAAGGGAUUUAGGGAUGACUACGAGUUGCCAGAGGACUGCAGCCCUGAACAAGGCAAAUACUCCCCUAGGGUGCGUCAGGUGAUGCAUUUCCAGGCAUGAGUAGGUGUGCCACCGUGCUAAGCCUGGAUGAGACUUAGCUCUGGAAUGUGGGGUACUGUUUGAGACACUUCAUAGAUUGUAAGGCCGGAAGGACAUCGGAAGAUCAUUGGGUCCAGCCCCCUGCACCAAGCAGGAAAGAUAACUGGGGGUCAGGUGACACCAGCAAGGUGACUGUCUAGUCUCCUCUUGAAGAUUUUAACUUGACGUUAAAGAAAGAGGACCUCCCACAGCAUGUGCCAUGAGUCACUGACUGGGUUAAAAUAUACAGCUUUCCUUCAGUGAGGAUUAGCAGAAAAAACAAUUCAGUUUUUUUAUAAGGAACAAGAGCUGGAAGUUGUAGAAGCUGCCGUCCAAGGGGCUUGUGGGCUCAAUGUUGGGAGGGAGUGCUGAUUGCACAAUGUGGAGGUGAGGGGAUGGUUUAGGAACCAGUGGGGGUGAGUGAGAUGGUGUGACCAGGGAACUGGAGCACUUGCUCGCUGACACUGGGCUGCAUGAGUUGGUAGCAUUGGCAUGGAGGGAGCGACUUGAAGGGAGUGCCACAGGAUGGUGCCAGCACCAGAGCAUGUAGCAUCUGAGGAUUCAUUUGGGUCAGGUUCCUGGCCAAGGAAGCUCCCAGGUAGUCAUGUGUUAUGUAGUUGGUGGCUUCCUAACAGCAGAGGGUGGCUUGUCGUUUCCCAGUGAGCCUUGGCCCACCACUCCUAUAUAACAAAUAGGCCUGUGAGGGAGCUGGUCCAGCCUUUCUGCAGGAGAAGUGGACUGUGACUGGUGUGAAUUGGUGCUCUAUUGACCUGUAAAGGGUACUGUGUGACAUGGAGCCUGUCUCUGUGGGAAGGGGCUGGAGCCACUGGUUCAGGAGGCCCUGCCAGACCUGUGUUCAAAGGGGAAAGGAUCUGUCCAGACAGAGAAAGAUCCAUCUUUCUGUGGAGUUUCCUCCACCCCAGCCCCAGGGGUCUGUGUACCCCUACAUUUUCCUUCACAUGUUCUCAGUGCUCCACACUAGAGGGCUGGCCUUUAAUUACAGCCCACAACUCUUGUCCUGCUGCAGGUGAACUCACCUGGUGCCUCUGCUUCCCCAUGUGUACAUGUACUCUGGGGAUGCAGUGAAGAUGUGCUCUUCCCCAGCUGGGCCAGCCCAACAAGCAGAGUAUGUGUUGUCAGGGGAAACCUCCUAGACAGGUGGGGUGGAGCAGGCACUCAGUUUGCAGGAGAGGGAGGGAGCAGCUGAGGCUCCUGAGGACAGCUGGAGCCACAACCUUCUGUGUCUGUUGCAGAGGUGCAUGCAUGUGUAUUUGUGUGCAUGUGUGCGCAUGUGUAUGUGAAGCCAAGAGCUUUCCCUGGUAUCUGAUAUCAGGUGUGUGUGGGGGGAGGUGAUUGACUGAAAUAUGCCUGUGUACAUGUGUGAGUCAGAGACAAGUAGGGAGAAGAGGGGGCAGGGGCAGGACUUUCCCUAUAGAAGCACUUCUGGGUUAGGGGCCCUGCAGGAGGAGGCAUGGAUUGUAAGCAAAGCCUGUCUCUAGUCUGAUUCCUUCUGGCAUGAGGGGACAAGAUCUCAUCUGCUCUGCCUCACCACAUCUGAUUGAUAGAAAUACCUGAUUCCAGCCAGAAUCAAUUGGGAACCCCCACCUCCCAUGGACUCUGCUGCCCAGACAGUGUCCAUAGGGUGUUAUAGGUGGCUGUGAAGCCAUCAUGCAGGUGCCCAUGGGGCUCAGACCCUCCACAGCCCCUGGUGCUUGCUGGGGCCUUGUUCCCAUCCUGGAGUCCUGCUGUGCAUCAGUUUCCCCAGCUGCAAAAUGGGAAGAGGGGUCUUGUCUUUAACUACAUAUAUAGUGACCUCUUCAAGGGGGUAUGUGUGCAUGCAGUGCAGAAGGGUCCCAGUCUUGAUGGCUUUGGGUCUGUGCAGCAUCCAGAACCCAGGAUCGGGACACCAUCAUGCCAGGCACUGCCUAGGGCCAAGGUCACCAGGAUCACAGUCCCAUUGUGCCAAGAGUUUUCACACACCCAGGGAGAAUACUGAGAAUAAACUUUGCUCUCAAAAGAUUCCAAGGUACAGGGCUGAACAGUAUUACAGGCAUGGCAUGGUGCCAUUAGUUCCCCAAGGGCAGUGGCACACCUCGGGACAGAACUCAGACAUCCUGGUACCCAAUCCACCCCUGAUGAACUCUUGUGACAAACCUCCCAUAAGUCACUCUGCUCCCUUUGCCCAUUCUCCUCAGGGGAAUGCCACAUGACAAGCCUCUGUGGCCUGCUUUUGAGCCAGGGUACAACUGGAGCUUUGGGCCUUUGUUUAAACCUGGAGAGGUAGCUACCCCCAUGGGCCCUGGGCAGCCUGGCUGAGUAGUACUGCUGUGGCAGAGUGCAAGGAGCUCAGGCUGGUAAUCUAGGGGGCUCUGGUUGCCCUGGGCUGGCAAGCAUUAUAGUUUCCUGAGGUGCUAGCAUCUGGGACUUCCUGGCAAGGAGCCAGGAUACCAGGACGAGUCAGACAAGCACAGCAAGUCUGGAUAAGUGCAUCUGGGGGCAGGACGCUGCAUACUGCAGUCAGUCAUGUGCCCGUGAUCCAGUCUAAGUCUACAAGAUGAUGCGGGGUGGGGUUGUGUGAGAGAAACUGAAGGGCUCCAGGAAGCAGAGGUGAGGAUGGAGAACUGUGUAGGGCUGACCCCUCCUCAUGGGAGGUAUGGAGUGCACAUGUACAUGCACGACACACAGAUCAGUUGUGAUUUGGGCGGGGGACAGCACUGCUCUCACACACACACACACACACACACACGCCCCAACAGGCAGCAACACUGGUCUUGUAUUUACACACACGCGCACACACACAGCCCCUGUCUGUCUGUCAGUACUGGAUCAAGGUUCCCAGAGGUGCUGUGGCUUGGUGCCAUGUCCUUAGUGUGGCAUCUUCUACAGUGCCAGGAUGUUCAAGGAGUACUUCCAGUACAAGGGCAUCAGUUUCCCCGAGUUCAUCUACUCUCCAUGUGCCCUGCAGACAGUGGAGAACGACUUCCAGGUGCUGGACGAUGAUGUCUUCAACGUCACUUAUCAGAAGUCAGGGACGGUGUGGAUGCUGGAGAUCCUAAGCCUUAUCCAGAGCAAUGGGGACCCCAGCUGGUGCCAAACUGUGCCCAACUGGGAUCGUGCCCCCUGGUACGAGACUGUGCUGGGCCUGCGGAGGGCCCGCAGAAACCACUCACCACGCCUCAUCAGCUCCCACUUGCCGAUCCAGCUCUUUGCCAAGUCCUUCUUCAAGUCCAAAGCCAAGGUCAUCUACACGAUAAGGAACCCCAAGGAUGUACUGGUCUCCCUAUACCACUUUGCCCAGAUGUUCCACCCCUUUAAGGACCCUGGGUCCCUGGACCAGUUCCUGGAGGAGUUCCUCAAAGGGGAUGUGCCGUUUGGAUCCUGGUUUGACCACGUGCGGGGCUGGAUGGGGCUGCAGGGCCAUGAGAACUUUUUCUACAUCACCUAUGAGGAGCUGUUGCAGGGAUCUCAGGGGACUGGAAAAACCACCUCACGGCUUCUCAGAGUGAGCGCUUCGACUGCGUGUACCAGGAGCGGAUGCAAGGUCUGGACGUCACCUUCCCCUGGGACAACCAGUGACUCCCUCACCCCCACGCUGAUUCCUCACCCCAGGGAGCUACCACACAGGAGCACAGAGCCACAACUAGAGCAGGGGCAGCAAGCCAGGAUGCCUGGGUUCUGUUCCCAAGUAUAGGAAGGGAGUGGGAUCUGGUGGAGCUGAGCAGGGGCAGGGCUGGGAUCCUGGACAAGUUUUUUUCUCCCAGCUCUGGGAGGGGGAGUAGGGUCUGGUGAGUUUGAACAGGGGUUGAGCCAGGACAUCUGGGUUCUCUCCAGGGGAUCCCUGCAGAGAGAGGGGUUUCCCGGACCCUUUCCCUAAAUUGCUCAUCCCCACCAUUCACAUAUGAACCUGAGUGUGGGGCCCCCAAGGCAGCACCUUAGAGCUGACUCCACUCUUAGUGUUGAUUCCUAUGGGGGUGUUGUGGCCCCUCCGAUCCUUUCUGGGCCUGGAUGGUGAGGAGAGCCCCAUGAAGUCACUGCCUGCUGGGUUUGGCAUCCUGUAACCCUUAAGUGUGUACCCACUGAUUGCAAUAAACCCAGCUCGCCCUGGUCACGCAUA